AUGGCGACCAACCAGGCCAAACACGCCGACAGUGCAAUCAAGAAACGCGCAGUAGCUGGCUCGUUUCUCUUCAGGUUCCCAGACAAAAACAAUGCCAAGAAAGUGGAAGUGGCCCUCUUCAGACGUAGCAGCAAGGUGCGCACUUACCAACAUCGUCUCGCCCCCAUCUCCGGCAGCGUCGAGGAGGACGACGCCAACCCAAUCGCCACCGCUUUGCGCGAGAUCCACGAAGAGACGACGUUGACUCUGCCCAAGUCAAUUGAGCUGAUGCGCAUGGGCAAGCCGUACUCGUUCGUCGAUUCCGAUAUCGGCCGGGAGUGGUCCAUCAACCCCUUCGCCUUCCGCCUCAAGUCCACCGCCGAGGGUGGUGCAGGCGAGGAGGGCAUCACUAUCGACUGGGAGCACGAGGGCUGGGAGUGGUACGACCCGCUGCAUGUCAAGGACAGGGAUGAGUUUGGCGGCGUGCCCAAGCUGGUCAACAGCCUGCGGCGCGUGUGGCCCGAGUACGACCUUGGCGCAGAAGCCGGCAGUGCGUUGACGCAGGGGUUGCUCGAACUCCGCCAUGAUCACGAGAGCGGUGCAAGGCAGCUUGCUGCGAAGGCCGUGGCCGUUCUAAGGGAGGUAGUGUACAAGAUGGGCCUGGACGCGGUGGCACGGGAUGAGGCGGCCUGGUGGGGAAAUGUGCGCAUGACGGGCUGGCAUCUAUGGAGAAACGGGAGAGAAAGUAUGGGUGCUGCCAUCGUCAGCGCUUUGGUCGAUGUGCUUUCCAGGGUCGAAACUUGCAUAAAAGAGGAGCGCUCGCCAGACGAUAAAUUACGGACGGCUCUCGAGGUGGUAGACGAACACCUCGCUCAACGCGACUCUACCGUGGGCCGCAUUUGCGAGUCCUUCAUCAAUUACCUCUCGUGCAAUGUGCUCCUUGAUGGUCAAGCAGCGCCAAAGAAAACCUUGAAAGUUCUCACGCUCUCGCACAGUUCUACCAUUGCGAGUUGUCUCCUCGCGGCGGCAUCUGAUUUGGAUGUCUCCCUAGACCUUCGCAUCCUCGAAUCUCGGCCCUUAUGCGAAGGAGUCACCCUAGCGUCAAGAAUUAUUGCAGAGACCGUCAAGAACAAGAACGUCAAAGUCAACGUGACGCUGUGUUCUGACGCGUCAGCCGCCAUGGCCGCCGACGGUAUCGACAUGCUCCUUCUCGGAGCCGACAGGAUCAGCGCCGCCGCCGACGUAAGCAACAAGACGGGCUCGCUGCCUGCCGUUUUAAGCACCAAAUACAUGUCCCCUAAUGCCAAAGUUGUCGUGCUAAGCGAGGUGGACAAGGUCGCUGGACCCGGGGCCACAGGUGAACACGUUGUUGAAGAUAACGACUCGGGAGAGCUCGUGGUGGGGUGGAAGGACGCGGUGAAAGGGGGAGAUGCGAUUGCCAAUUUCCUGGAGGAAGAUGGUUUCAAUGGAGAGAAUAAACAGGCGGUGCGGGUCAGGAAUGUGUACUUUGAAUGGGUUCCUGCACGAUUAGUGAGUGCUUAUGUAACGGAUCAGGGAACUUGGGCGGUGGAUGAGAUUAAGCGCAGGUCCGAUUGGGUUGGAAAGGAAUCUGAGAGGUUAUUUGGAAACCUAUAA